CUGUCUGACAGUUGCUACGAAGAGGACGAUGGCGCAGCAGGAAAACCAGCUCGACCCGGUUAAAUUCUCUUGUUCCAUCUGUUUGGAUCUUUUAAAGGAUCCGGUGACUAUUCCCUGUGGACACAGUUACUGUAUGAAGUGCAUUAAGGACUUCUGGGAUGAAGGAGAGAAGAAACUCCCCAGCUGUCCUCAGUGUCGACGCACGUUUAUUCCGAAGCCUGAGCUGCUGAAAAACACCAUGUUAGCUGAUUUAAUGGAGGAACUGAAGAAGACGGGACUCCAAGCUGCUCCUGCUGAUCACUGCUAUGCUGGACCUGAAGAUGUGGCCUGUGAUGUCUGCUCUGGGAGGAAACUGAAAGCUGUCAAGUCCUGUUUGUUCUGUCUGGCCUCUUACUGCCAGAAACACCUCCAACCUCACCGCGAUUCAUCUACAUUCAAGACACACCAGCUGGUGGAUCCCUCCAAGAACCUGCAGGACAACAUCUGCCCCCGUCACGGGGAGGUGAGGAAGAUGUUCUGUCGUACUGAUCAGAAGUGUAUCUGUUAUCUCUGCUCUGUGGAUGAACAUAAAGGCCACGACACGGUCUCGGCUGCAGCAGAAAGGACGGAGAGGCAGAGAGAGAUGGAGGUGAGACGACAACAAAUCCAGCAGCAGAUCCAGGACAGAGAGAAAGAUGUGAAGCUGCUUAAGCAGGAGGUGGAGGCCAUCGAUCAGUCUGCUGAUAAAACAGUGGAGGACAGUGAGGAGAUGUUCACUGAGCUGAUCUCUCUCCUCCAGAAGAGAAGCUCUGAGGUGAAGCAGCAGGUCAGAUCCCAGCAGGAAACUGAAGUGAGGAGAGUCAGAGAGCUGGAGGAGAAGCUGCAGCAGGAGAUCAGUGACCUGAAGAGGAGAGACGCUGAGAUGAAGCAGCUCUCAGACACCGAGGACCACAACCAGUUCCUCCACAGCUACCCCUCACUGCCACCACUCAGUCAGUCCACACACUCCUCCGGCAUCAGCAUCCGUCCUCUCAGGUACUUUCAGGACGUGGCAGCAGCCGUGUCAGAGGUCAGAGGUCGACUACAGGACAUCCUGAGAGACACGUGGACAAACGUCUCACUGGCCGUCGCUGACGUGGAUGUUUUACUGUCACGACCAGAACCAGAACCAGAACCAGAACCAGAACCAGAACCAACGAGCAGAGCUGGAUUCCUGAAGUAUUCAUGUGAAAUCACUCUGGAUCCAAACACAGUAAACACAGAUCUGUUACUGUCAGAGCAGAACAGAAAGGUGACUUGGAUGGACCAACGUCAGUCUUAUUCUGAUCAUCCAGACAGAUUCAGUAAAUAUCCUCAGGUUCUGAGUAGAGAGAGUCUGACUGGACGUCAUUACUGGGAGGUGGAGACGACAGCAGCAGGUGGAGUUUAUGUAGCAGUUUCAUACAAGAAUAUCAGCAGAUCAGAGAGGGAAAGUGCAUUUGGAUAUAAUGAUAAAUCUUGGUCACUAGUACGUUCUAUCUUUGGCAGUUAUGACUUCAGGUACAACAGCAUCCUAACCUCCGUCUCAGGUCCUCGGAGCUCCAGAAUAGGAGUUUACCUGGAUCACAGAGCAGGAGUUCUGUCCUUCUACAGCGUCUCUGGAACCAUGACCCUCCUCCACAGAGUCCAGACCUCCUUCACUCAGCCGCUCCACGCUGGAGUCUGGAUUUACGGUUCUGGAAACUCAGCUGAGUUCUGUAAACUCAAAUAAGAUCAACGAGUUUCCUCUUCAUGUUUUUAUUGAUUUUCUUCUCAGAGACGAUCGUCUCAAACUCUGACGGAUGGAGGGACGUUUUUGUUCUAUAAGAUUGAUUAUUGUUAUUUCCUCUUUUGGAGGUGGAAGUUGUUCUUUUGUAGUUUCAGGGGCAGCAGUAGCUCAGGUGGUAGAGCGGGUCGUCCAAUGAUCCGAAGGUCGGCGGUUCGAAUCCCAGUUUGCUGUCGUAGUGUCCUUGGGCAAGACACCUUACCCACCUUGCCCCGUGUGAAUGUGUAUGAAUGUUGGUGGUGGUCGGAGGGGCCGUUUGGUCAAUAUGGCAGCCACGCUUCUGUCAGUCUGCAGAGCAGCUGUGGCUACAAACGUAGCAGCUGUGGCUACAAACGUAGCAGCUGUGGCUACAAACGUAGCAGCCGUGGCUACAAACGUAGCAGCCGUGGCUGUAUAUUAAUAUAAAAACAUAGAAAAUAAGCCUGUGUUGUAAUUGUUAACUGUUAGUUUUGAUUUGUGGUUUUUAUGUUGUAUUUCUCUUUUCUUCCACUUCUUUCAUAUUAUUUGUUCUUUUUUAUUGCACCAAUCACCACAAAGAAUUCCUUGUGUGUCUUAAACUACUUGGAAAUAAACUUCUUCUGAUUCUGAUUGUGAUUGUGAUUGUGUGUUUCAUGUUUAACAAUCUGAAUAUUUAGUAAGAAAUA